AUGGAAGUCGAAGCGGCGCCCACGUCGCGCCGGCCCUCCCGCCAGGAAGCCGCCGUCAUGCAAGACACGGCCGUCCUCGAGCAGCUCGGCCACAAGCAGGAGCUGAAGCGCAACUUCUCCAUGCUCUCCAUGCUGGGCCUGGCCUUUGCCAUCCUCAACACCUGGACCGCGCUGGCCGCCUCCAUCACGCUCGCGCUGCCCUCGGGCGGCAGCAGCGCCGUCAUCUGGGGCCUCGUCGUCGCCGGCCUGCUCAACCUGUGCCUCGCCGCCUCGCUCGGCGAGUUCCUCUCGGCCUACCCGACCGCCGGCGGCCAGUACCACUGGGUCGCCAUCAUCGCCUGGAAGCGCUGGAGCCGCGGCCUCAGCUAUGCCACCGGCUGGAUCAACGUCUCGGGCUGGAUCGCGCUCACGGCCACCACCGGCCUGCUCGGCAGCACCUUUGUCGUCAACAUCAUCUCGCUGCUGCACCCGACGUACGAACCCAAGCCCUGGCACCAGUUCCUGAUCUACAUUGGGUUCACGCUGGCGGCGCUCGUCAUCAACGCGUUCCUGACGCGCAUCCUGCCAGUGGUCACCCAGGCCGGAUUCCUGUGGUCGCUGGCGGGCUUUGUCAUCAUCAGCAUCACGAUUCUGGCGUGCUCAGCGGGAGACUAUCAAAGCGGCGAGUUCGUCUUUACCCAAUUUACGAACAAGACCGGCUGGCCUGACGGUCUCGCCUGGAUGCUGGGGCUGUUGCAGGGCGCUUUUGCGCUGACAGGAUUCGACGCCACCGCACAUAUGAUUGAAGAAAUCCCCGACCCUCAGCGUCAGGGCCCUAAAAUCAUGUUGUACUGUAUUGGCAUCGGCAUGUUCACGGGCUUCAUCUUCCUCACGUGCCUUCUUCUUGUCACCAACGACAUUGAUGCCGUCAUAAAGGCCCCUUGGGGACCUCUUCUCCAAGUAUUUAUGGAUGCCACAAAUAACAAGGCGGGCAGCGUGUGCAUGUUGAUUUUCCCCAUUGUCUGCAUGCUCUUCACAGCCAUCACCAUCAUGUGCACCAGCAGCCGCAUGAGCUACGCCUUUGCCCGCGAUCGCGGCAUGCCCUUUUCCAGCUUCUUUGCCAAGGUGCAUCCCACGCUCGAUGUGCCCCUCAAUGCACUUAUCUGGACUGCUGCGUGGGUGAUCAUCUUUGGGUGUAUCUUCUUGGGGUCAAGCAGCACUUUUAAUGCCAUCACCUCGGCCUCUGUUGUCGCCCUGGGCGUAACCUAUGCCAUCCCUCCGGCUAUCAACGUUCUUCGAGGACGUCGCAUGCUGCCUGAAGACCGUCCUUUCAAGAUUCCCGAACCCUUUGGCUGGAUUCUCAAUAUUAUUGGUAUUCUCUGGUCCGUUCUCACCACAGUCCUAUUUGUUUUCCCUCCCGAGCUCCCCGUUACCGGCAACAACAUGAACUACGCCAUUGCCGCCUUUGGUGUCAUUCUUCUGAUCGCUGGAGGAACGUGGAUCUUUGACGGUCGCAAAAACUACCACGGACCUCAGCUCAACGUUCAAAGUUUGGCGCAGGGCACGGUGGAAGGCAUGGAUCCCACAGAAGAGAAAACGGACGGUAGUCCAAGCAAUUCAAAAGAGGAGUGGGUGUCUUAG